AGGCCGUCCUUUCUGAAGGCGUCAACGUGUGUCCAACGAAAGCAUGACCACUGACCUCUUCAAGCGAACUGCGGCCAACGGAAUGAACCCCCCAGCGAGACUUCGAAACACCAGCUCGGACCCCUUCCGUGUGGCAUCUUACUGUCUCGCCAUGUUCGGCAUCCACGUAGACGACACGAGCACGUACACGGUCUCCCUGCCCGUGCGGGUGCUCAACAUUGCCCUCUCGGUUCUAACCGUCCUCAUGACGAACCUCUUUCUCCUGGAGCAUGUGAUGAGCUACCUGUACGGCCUUUCGGGCUGGAUGUACGCCAAGUGGCUGAUGGCCGCCAUCAGUGGGGCACUCACGGCAACCACCGUCAUCGCCAAGGCGUCCAGCGUCAGGCAGGUGGCCGCCUUCUAUCGGACCAACUUCAUACCGUGGCGGACGCGCGCCAAGACCGUUGCCCGGGUCAAGUCCACCCUGGUCAUCCUGCUGGUAUGGGCCUUCAUUCUGGCCAACGCCUUCGACUUUGCCGCCAACGGCAUCGAGGAGGAUGCCAAGAUAUACGCCUUCUUCUCUCGAUCUCCGCUGCCGGUCAACGGAACGUUCACCCCAGAUGCUAUCAGGGAGGGCUUCUUGCGCCUGGAUGCCUUCCUUCGCUGGCUCUUCGUGCUGGGUCCAACGUGCUUCAGCAUCUUCCUGUACAGCUUCAUGACGGAGCUGGCCGCGGGGAACAUGGACCACCUGAAGCACUACAUUCUCACGAUUAAACACUCGGACCACGACGACCCUGCCGAGACGGUGCGCCAGAUCCGAGACCUGUACUUCCACCAGGCCAGCUCCGCACAGGAGCUCGAUUCGGCAUUCAGCGGCCUCGUGCUGCUCUGGUACCUGAUGUGUUCCGUGUUCACGUGUGCGAACAUCCGCGGCGCGUACCUCGGCGAGUUUCCCGGAGACCGUGCCGUGUUCUCCGUCCUUCUCGAAGCAUUCCCGCUCUACUGCGUCUACGUCGGCAUCACGAUGGCUGCAUCGGACUUGCACGACGCGACGAUGGAGGUCCUUACGCAGAUUGAGGCGUUCACGGCCAUCUUGGGCAAGCGCUACCAGCUGCAGCACGCCACUUACUUCCUGGCCAACAUGUGCAUCACCUCGGUUGGCCUGAAUCCUCCGCGCCUUACCGUGGGCCGCCUGUUCCCCAUACGCCGCGUGCUGCUCGCCGUUCUCGUGCUGCUGUUUGUCGCCGCGGCCUUAGUUUCCGCACGGAUGGCACAAAGUAGGGAUUAGCUGCGUCUGCAAUGCUUAGUGAUUACUUGUUUGCACUGUAAGCGUUGAUAUAUGACUAGAAGGUAUCAACAAUCGAACAUAGCCGUAAAUCACCGCAGUGGUUGUUCGAGAUCAUUAAAAUCGUU